AUGUCAGAUAAUCAAGAUGCCAUAGUCUCAUCAUUAUAUCCUCCACCUCCUCCUUAUAUAAGAUUCUUUACAAACGACAACGUAAAGAAGGUGAAGCAGCUUCUAGAGGAAGGAAAGAGCGACGAAGAGAUCUCGAAGAUCAAGAACCUCAAAUUUUUGAUUCCUCCACAACAACCGGAUAAACCUACAUACAGAUCAUUUGGGGAUGUUUGGCCUUUCGAGGAUCGGUUCAUUACAUUAAAAGAAUCGGGAGUACCUCAGUUAUAUGAGGGGGAAGAAAAAUCUGAGGGAGAAGCAGGAGACGAUAAGGACUACGAGGAAGAAGUGUUUACCCAAGAAAGAAUUGAAGAGCUCAAGAAAUUGACCAAAUCACUUCUGCUUAACUUCUUAGAACUCGUAGGAGUUUUAUCAAAGAACCCGAGUGCUACGUUUGAGAAAAUAGACAAUAUACGGAUAAUCUUGAUCAAUUUACACCAUUUGCUAAACAGUUAUAGACUCCAUCAAUCUCGAGAAUCGCUUAUAUUACGAAUUGAAGAAAGGCUUCGAAAGGAUCGAGAUGCCAUAGAAAAGAUCGAGACCACAUGCAAAAAUAUUGAGACUAAAAUCCGGAUGCUUGUUGACUCUGGAGAUCUACAAUUUGAUGGGAAAGAGGGAGAAGACAAGUCCGAAAGCAGUAAGGGAGCAGCAGACAGUGACUCUGAAACGUUAAUGACUGAUGAAAAGGCUAUGAAGAAGAUGAAGGCAGAUGCAGUGAGGGAAAUCACAAAGCUCUGCACAAACUAA